AUGCAAGAUUCGGAUCCCGAUGAAUUUGAGUUUGGGUGUGUUACAAAACCAGGCCCUCCAAACUCUCCAGCUGAUCACUUGUUCUUCAAUGGCAAGCUUCUACCUCAUGUUUUUCCACUAAACCGACCUGCGAAUAAUUUUUCCUAUUCGAGAUCCACGAGCAGCAAGGAUUCUCUUAUGUCAUCGUGCAGUAAUAGCACGGAUAGUAGGAGCAGCAGCUGCAGCAGUGCUAGAACAAGUACAAGCGAGGCAUCCGAAAGGAAAAUCUUGAGUACUAGAGGAAAAGUUCCAGGGAAAAAACCUGUUUUGAAUCCACAAUACAACUAUUGUUCUUCUCAAAGAUGGCAAUUUAUCCGCCCGUCGCCUGUUUUGAUGCACCAGGUUCAAGAUCAAGAUCAAGAUCAGUAA